GACUUAAGCCUAAUAAAAGUGCGAAAUCCAGGCUAAGUGAAAAUAAGCAAAAAAUGUUUUUAACAAAGCAAAAAACUUUCAAGUUAUUUUAAAUAUUUAUAUGCAUAUAGAGAUGGUGCGCCAUCGUUUUCUGUCUAAUUAUUAAACACCGCUUAUAUCAACUCCGGGCACCCUGAAAAUCAUUGCUGAAUCAGCAUCAAAUUUUUUGUUAUCAAAAUGCGCAAAGCUUUCUACUCGCUUUUGGUGGUCAUUUAAUGAGAUUUUCAACUACUUUUCGGCUUCACAUUAUGUCUGCGAAAAUGUCUGGAAAUCUUAUAAAGGUGUUCGUCUAUGGCACGUUGAAGCGCGGCGAGCCAAAUCACCACUGGCUCACACGCACUGAAAAUGGGCACUCGCGUUUUGUGUGCGAGGCGCGCACUGUGCAAAAAUUUCCACUGGUGAUAGGCACACGCUACAACAUUCCAUUUUUGUUGAACAAACCUGGAACGGGUCGUAAUGUAUGCGGUGAGGUUUACGAGGUGGACGACACAAUGUUUGCAAAUCUCGAUGUGCUGGAGGAUUGCCCCAAUUAUUACGAACGCGAAGUACAGCAAGUAACAACUGAAGAUAAUGAAUCAAUGGACUGUUGGCUGUAUUUAAUCAAGCAAUUUCCGGAGCAGCUGCUCUCCAAACGCCAUCUGGACUCAUAUCAUAAUAGCGCAGCGCAACCGUAUUGCGAAAGGUCAGCAAGAUUGCCUGAAGUGAAGGCCAAAGAAGAUAUGGCCUAUUGAGCGCUGCAUGUGGAAUGAAGUGGCCAUUAGUUAACUGGCUUAUCUGGAAAGCUCCAGGGACGACAUGUAUGUGGGGGAGGAGUUAAGUACGGUCAAAAAAUGUACUAAACCAACGAAUAGUGUUUAGAAUUGUAAUAAGAAUAUCACC